AGAUAAAAACACUUUAUUAUUAUUUUUUUAUGAAGAGGAUAGACGUACACCUCAUUAUUGACCUUCAUUGACCUGACCCAUCACAAUCCACAAAUCACACAUCGAACUACACUAACCGGAAACAUGACAUCACUCUCACCGGCGACACCAUGGCAAGCACACUCCCGGACCACCGCCAACCACCCAGCCAUCAAUCUAUCAACCCCCGAUUUCAUGACCCAAUCCCCACAAAAAAAGUCAAAACGAUUCCCAUCAUUCACCCUCAAUUCCACCGCAAAACCCUCACCACCGCCACUCGUUGUCGUCGGAUCCGCCAACGCCGACAUCUACGUGGAGAUCGAUCGGCUACCCAAAGAGGGGGAGACGAUAUCUGCAACCACCGGCCAAACCCUAGCCGGCGGAAAAGGGGCUAAUCAGGCAGUGUGUGGUGGAAUGCUGUCGUACCCGACUUACUUUGUGGGUCGGGUCGGAAAUGAUGCACAUGGGAAGUUGAUAAUUGAUGCGCUUGUGGGUGGUGGGGUGGUGGUUGAUUAUGUGGAGGAAGUUGGAGAAGUGCCUACUGGACAUGCUGUUGUUAUGCUUCAAUCGGGUGGGCAGAACUCGAUUAUUAUUGUUGGGGGGGCUAACAUGUGUGGCUGGGGUCAGAGUUUGGGCGAUGGGGAUUUGGAGGUUGUCAAGAGUGCUGGGAUUGUCUUGUUGCAGAGGGAGAUUCCUGAUGGUAUUAAUGUUCAAGUUGCAAAGGCUGCAAGAAGUGCAGGUGUUCCUGUGAUUCUUGAUGCUGGAGGAAUGGAUGCAUCGGUUCCUGUAGAGCUACUAAGACAUGUCGACAUUCUAAGUCCAAACGAAAGCGAACUUGCGCGUUUAACGGGAAUGCCGACCGAAACUUUUGAACAAAUUAGCCUAGCUGUGGCUGAAUGUCACAAAUUGGGGGUUAAAGAGGUCCUUGUGAAACUUGGUGGGCGAGGUUCGGUUUUGUUCAGUGAAGGAAAAGAACCAAUUAAACAAGGUAUUAUUGCGGCUGAAAAAGUGCUUGAUACAACGGGUGCAGGGGAUACAUUUACUGCUGCUUAUGCUGUUGCUUUUGUUGAAGGGAAAUCCAAAGCUGAAUGCUUGAGAUUUGCAGCUGCCGCAGCUUCUCUUUGUGUCCAAGUAAAGGGAGCGAUCCCAAGCAUGCCUCGUAGGAAGGCAGUCUUGGAUCUUCUUCAAUCUAUUUAGGGAAAAUAAAGUUAAUUUAACUAGGAUCCCGUUUGGACAUAAAUAAGGUGUGUCACUAUAAAUUUCAUGGAAUGUACAAACUUGACCGCUUUCUCAGAACGUAAAGUAGCCAAGUAGAUGCCGAGCUUGGCAAAUUCAGUGCGUCAAAAUUAAACGAAAAGUCGUUCAUGGAGGAUAAGAGCGGUCGGAGGUUGCAGCUGCAUGAGGUGCAUUCAGGACCAAAUCCCAUCAGUAAUUCCUUCAAAGAGGAGGUUCCUGAUACAAAUUUACAAACUGCACCUUGACUGUGUUUUGACCUUUUUUUUAGUGCUUAGAUCGGUAAUAAAUGAAUGAUUCGUUUUGUUUUGUUUUGUUUGUUUUUUCAAAUCUUUGUCUGGUUGUUUGAUGAUCAAUGUGGGUUUUGCU